AUGGGUGACGAGUAUAGCGAAAGUUUUCUUAUUCCGGAAACACAGCUUGGUAGUGAUGACAUGUCGGAUUCGAUGCCCGUAGGUCAUAGUCAAGCAGUACAAUCGUCUCUAGACCACGAAAUGGAAUCAUCGAUAGACGAAGAUACGAUGUCUUUACGAGAGUCACAGAUUAUUGACACAUUACCGGUAGCUGAAUCACAAGGGUUUUCACUACCGGACAGCGUUAGUGAAUCAAUAGACAACACCAGUCUUGUGUGCACAAAAUGA